AAGCAUGGUUCACGUUCUCUCUGCCGUAAUACGUGUGGUUCCCAGGAGUUGCAACUUGUAAGGGGUUCUUUGUCAAGGCCAUAAUCAUAUUUUGAAUAAUAUCUUUGGUUUGAAGAGUCAAGUAGUGAGUCAAGUCUUCGUAAUGAUCUGUGUCAAUGACGAAGUUGGGAAGGAAACUCACUCAUGCAUGGGCUUUAGCCAAUCAGCAGAGUGUGUUUGUCAAGCUUUUCAUAGGUUGUGCCCACCUCUAGCUCUUGUUUCUUUGUUCCAAGUCUUCCUAUCUGAUUCCCAAGUCAAAUACCGUGUUGAACAGAGCACUCUUACACAUUAUAUCAGUGUAGUAUUUUAGAAUGGAAGUAAACAGUUCUUCUGAUUUAGAGAAGUAGGUGACUUUUGUUUUAGUGCUAGUUUGUUCGGGGUUCAGACGGAAGUUCUUAGAUGGCUACCGUGGCUGUGUUCGUUUUCUAUGUCAUUGCACAUUUUCUGGUUGUUUACUCCGCAGAGAGUUGUCAAGAGUUCUUCUGUAAUGAUAUAGUAGGCAACAUCUCCUUCCCCUUCAAAAAUGAAACGCAGAAAUUUCCAGAUUGCGGAUAUUACACUGUUGAUUGUUCAGACCGCGGUAGUACGAAGAUCCAAUUUAAAGAGGGAGGUUACUGGUUUCAUUUUGAAAGCAUCACUCGAGCAAGUAGCGUUUCAAUCAAUGACAGCAAACUUCAGGAGCGCAUAGAGAACUUAGAAACAGAUGACUGCAAUGAUGCCCUUUUCAGUGAUUUAAGCCUUCCCAACUCUACUCGUAUCAUCCAUAUAUCCACACACAACCUUACCCUGUUCAGAUGCAGCAACACCAUGGACAAAUCUCUUUCAGAGGAUCCUAACUAUGCCUGCAGGAAUGCAAAUUACACAUACUUUACUGCAUCACAUGAUAGUUUAAACUGCUCAGCCUUUCAGAUUCCCAUACUUUCAUCCUUUCUUUCCAGUUUCUUUAAUCAUUCUGCAUUGACUGCUAAAUUCCCCCUUGAAGUGCAAUUUACCAAUGAAUGUGUCCAGUGCUUUACUCGUGGAGGUAAAUGCUUAGAAGACCAAGAAGAAUUUAAAUGUGAGCAUGCACAAAAUAAAUGCUUCGACGAAAAGGGACAGUUCAAUUGUUCCGUCGCAAAAGAAGGUAAAUGCCAGGAUGAGAAGGGACAAUACAAAUGUGACAAAGAAAAGAAUUUGAAGCGGAAGCUAGGACUUGGUAUUGUAGUGGGAGGUCCAGUGUUCCUUGGAAUCCUUGGAAUCCUUGUAGCCUGCUUCUUUCUCAUCAGGUGUUACAAAAAAAACCUUGCUUCUUCAAAAGGACUCUCUAGGAACUUUUCUUCUCAGCCCUACUCAAAAUCAGACCUAGAAGGGGGCAAUGCCUACUUUGGUGUUUCGGUCUUCACCUAUGAGGAACUUAAAGAAGCCACUAAUCAUUUUGACAGUGAAAAAGAGAUUGGAGAUGGAGGUUUUGGAGCUGUCUACUAUGGGAAACUCAAAGAUGGCCGGGAAGUUGCGGUCAAGCGUUUAUAUGAGCACAAUUUCAAGCGUCAGGAACAGUUUAUGAAUGAAAUUGAAAUUCUCACUCGUCUGCGCCACAAAAACUUAGUCUCCCUUUAUGGUUGCACCUCACGCCGCAGCCGUGAACUCAUACUCGUCUAUGAGUACAUUUCCAAUGGAACUGUUGCUGAUCAUCUCCACGGUGACUUAGCAGAAAGUUGUCCACUUACAUGGCCUAUUCGUAUGAGCAUUGCUAUUGAAACUGCCAAUGCACUGUCUUACCUCCAUCUUUCUGACAUUGUGCAUCGUGAUGUGAAGACUACCAACAUUCUCCUCGACAACAACUUUACCGUUAAAGUUGCGGAUUUUGGGCUCUCGCGGCUUUUUCCCCUUGAUGUCACUCAUGUCUCUACUGCUCCUCAAGGUACCCCUGGUUAUGUUGAUCCAGAGUAUCACCAGUGUUACCAGCUAACUAGCAAGAGCGAUGUUUAUAGCUUCGGGGUUGUUCUCGUUGAGCUGAUAUCAUCUCUGCCAGCAGUUGAUAUAACUAGGCAUAGGCAUGAGAUCAAUUUGUCUAACAUAGCCUUAAACAAGAUUCAAAAAGGUUUAUACAGUGAGCUGGUAGAUUCAUGUCUUGGGUUUGAGUCAGAUCAUGAAGUAAAAAGGAUGACAAUUGCAGUGGCGGAGUUGGCUUACCAAUGUUUGCAGCAGGACAAUGAUGCAAGGCCUACCAUGUCUGAGGUUCUGGAAACGUUGCAGAUGAUUGAAAGGGGAAAAGAUGUUCCACAGAAUCGGAACGAGGUCUUUGAUGAUAUUGAGAUGAGAGAGAGUAUACAGCCACCACCUUCACCAGAAUGUGAUGAGCUGCAGUUGUUGAAGAACAUCAAGCCACCAUUUUCACCAAACUCCGUGACCCAAAGAUGGCCUAGCACUUCGUCUAGCACACCUAAUGCCAGUUGCUGAUUUAUACUGAACUACUACAUAAAUGAUAUGAAUGUAUAUCUCAGAUUCGAUUAGAUGGGUUAAAAUAUGAAAUCUACUCAUCUACUUGAUUUGCUACUAUUAGGAAAACAUAUCCAAUCAGGCACAUCAUUACUAGGAAUGCAUGAGGGAAUGUAUAUAUUAAAUGGAGUUUUACAUAAUUAUCAUUAUGUUCAUACUUUGCGGCGCAAUUGUAAGACCAGUUUAUCUCCUGGAGUUUUGGCUUGUAUAAAUACUUGAGGUUACUCUAAUAUUUAAUCAACUAAGCUUUAGUCCUCUUGGACUGUAUGAUUGUGAAUA